AUGGGCGCCUAUCUCUAUGGGCGCCUAUCUCUAGGGGCGCCUAUCUCUAGGGGCGCCUAUAUCUAUGGGCGCCUAUCUCUGGGCGCCUAUCUCUACGGGCGCCUAUCUCUAGGGGCGCCUAUCUCUAGGGGCGCCUAUCUCUAUGGGCGCCUAUCUCUAUGGGCGCCUAUCUCUAGGGGCGCCUAUCUCUACGGGCGUCUAUCUCUAGGGGCGCCUAUCUCUACGGGCGCCUAUCUCUAUGGGCGCCUAUCUCUAUGGGCGCCUCUCUCUAGGGACGCCUAUCUCUAUGGGCGCCUAUCUCUAGGGGCGCCUCUCUCUAGGGGCGCCUAUCUCUAUGGGCGCCUAUCUCUAUGGGCGCCUCUCUCUAGGGGCGCCUAUCUCUAUGGGCGCCUAUCUCUAUGGGCGCCUAUCUCUAUGGGCGCCUAUCUCUAG